CCUGCGCAGUGGAAUCCGUUACACCGAUGCAUGCGUUGUGUUCUUUUUGUCGUCCAUGUGAGAUGCAGAUGAGGGAAGUUGGCACAGCGCCCACUGCAGUCCACGCGCCACACUGCUGGAAUCACGCCCCCCCCCCUUCCAGCGGGGAGCUCACCUGUUUUAAUUGGACUAUCGCGACAAGUUGUGCAAGCGACGUCGAUGCGACUGAUCGACCAAUUUCAAUCGUCACAGGGAUAUCUGAGGAUGUAACUGAGGAGCGCCGAAAAGCACUGCAGUAGUCGCGCGACUAAGAGACGUGCUAGCUCGCCACGCCGAUACGACAAGUGUUGCAGUCCGCAGCGGAGCGGCGAGCUCAGGCAUCCUGUGAAUGGUUGCGGGGACAGCGGGCUGUGACCGGAAAAGCGGGGACAUUGACUUUCCGCGCGGGUACAAACUCUGGACGAAGGCGGCACUGGACGCAGGAGCCGCUCCAUUGCCUGACAUCGGCUGGUACGCUGAGGCCAUCAGCAUUGACGCCGUUUCGUUACGCGUUUGGAGCCAUGGGCUGCACGGUGAGCGCCGAGGAUAAGGCUGCCGCGGAGAGAUCAAAGAUGAUUGACAAAAACCUCCGAGAGGACGGAGAGAAGGCGGCCAGAGAAGUGAAACUGCUUCUAUUAGGUGCUGGGGAAUCUGGGAAGAGUACCAUUGUAAAGCAGAUGAAGAUCAUUCAUGAAGAUGGCUACUCAGAAGAUGAGUGCAAGCAGUACCGAGCAGUGGUUUAUAGUAAUACCAUCCAGUCUAUUAUGGCCAUUGUUAAAGCCAUGGCCAGUCUGAAGAUAGACUACAGCAGCCCUGGCAGAUUGGACGAUGCCCAGCAGCUCUUCGCCCUGGCUGCAGCUGCUGAAGAACAGGGCAUCUUUCCUGAUGAUCUGUCCAAGGUGACCAGGCGAUUGUGGGGUGACAGCGGCAUACAGAGUUGCUUUGCGCGGUCGCGAGAAUACCAACUCAACGACUCUGCAGCAUAUUACCUGAAUGACCUGGCGAGGAUAGCUAAAGCAGAUUACAUUCCUUCACAGCAAGAUGUGCUGCGAACUCGGGUCAAGACCACAGGCAUUGUGGAGACUCACUUCACUUUCAAGGAACUGCACUUCAAAAUGUUUGAUGUUGGAGGCCAACGCUCAGAGAGAAAGAAGUGGAUCCACUGUUUUGAAGGAGUUACAGCCAUUAUUUUUUGUGUUGCACUGAGUGCUUAUGACCUGGUGCUGGCUGAGGAUGAGGAGAUGAACCGAAUGCAUGAGAGCAUGAAGCUGUUUGACUCCAUCUGUAACAACAAGUGGUUCACUGAGACCUCCAUCAUCCUCUUCCUCAACAAGAAGGAUCUCUUUGAGGAGAAGAUUACUCGCAGUGCCCUUAACAUCUGCUUUCCAGAAUACACAGGAGCCAACAAGUUUGAUGAAGCAGCAAGUUACAUUCAGACCAAGUUUGAGGACCUGAACAAGAAAAAGAACACAAAGGAGAUCUACACCCACUUCACCUGUGCCACUGACACGAAGAACGUGCAGUUCGUCUUUGACGCCGUCACUGACGUGAUCAUUAAGAACAACCUAAAAGACUGUGGUCUUUUCUAAAGGGCCUGAUGCACACAGACUGCAUGAGAGACUGCAACAGCCAGAUGUGAUGAUUACUGCUUUUCAUAAUGAAAACCAUAACAGAUUCCUAAAGGGGGAAACCUUAAAGUACUUAAACAAUCACUAAUUUGCAACCAUCACAUUAUCAGUUGUGUUCAUAUUUUUUCUUAUAUUUCUUACUGGUCUUGGUGUUCUCAUACUAUUCAUACUGAG